AUGGUGUCCGGCCCGCCCGCCCGCCGGCCGCAAUCCUCGGUCGGGGCCACGUGGCGGAGGGAGGCAGGCGCCGCUGCUAGUCGCCUCGGGACCCGCCCUGCGCCCAAGCCGCCCCUGGCCCGAUGCCCAGGCCCCCGCCCCCCGCGCCGUGGCGAGUCAAGGCCAGCGGCUACCCCGGAGGGAAGGGCGAGCGAUCGCUUUGGCUGCUGGGGGCGGCAGCUUUCGGGAGUCACAGAGCGCCUGGGCUCGCUGUCCUCCUGCUGGGUGCUGCGCAGGAUUGCGCACUACCGAGUAUCUUCUUGCAGAGGAGAGCUGUGCCGUCCUCAGGGAGCCCUCAUCAUCCACUGCCCUCAGAUAUGUGGGUCAAAUGCAGUCGUCGACUUGAAGCAGCAGCGCCCUCUGCUGGUGGCCAGUCAACCCUUCUGUGCCUUCCUGGAGAAGUUCUGCCCCAUCACGAGUGAGACUUUCUACCCCACGCUGUGGUGCUUUGAGGGCCGGCUCCAGACCAUCGUCCGCGUCUUCCUCAAGUCCUGCCCGCCUGUCUCCUACUGCAGUGAGGUGCUGCGGACUGCGGACGGAGGGCAGCUGCUGCUGGACUGGGCCAAGGACUCUGCCGGGGCCGCCAGCCGGCGGGACCCAGAGGGCUGCCCCAUCGUCCUCUUCCUGCCCGGCCUGACGGGCAACAGCCAGGACGCCUACAUCCUGCACAUGGUGUGCAGCACCCAGCAGCAGGGCUACAGGGCUGUUGUGUUCAACAACCGAGGCUGCAAAGGAGAAGAGUUGCUGACCCACAGGGCUUUCUGUGCCAACAACACGGAAGACCUGGAGCUGGUGGUGGGCCACAUCAAGCGUCGGUUCCCUCAGGCACCCCUGAUGGCCGUUGGCGUUUCCCUGGGCGGGAUCCUGGUGCUGAACUACUUGGGCCAGAAGGGCCCAGAGGCCCAGCUGGUGGCUGCCAUGACCUGCUCCGUGACCUGGGACUCCUUUGAGACCACCCACUCCCUCGAAAGGCCCCUCAACCUGCUGCUCUUCAACCAGCGCCUCACCGCCAACUUGCGCCAGCUCAUCAAAAGGCAUAGGAAGGUCAUUGCGGAGAAGCUGGACGUGGACCACGUGCUGAAGGCCCGCAGCAUCCGUGAGUUUGACGAGCGCUACACGGCGGUGGUCUUUGGCUACAAGUCCUGCGAGGAGUACUACCAGGCGGCCAGCCCCUGCUGGAAGGUGCCCGGCAUCCGCGUGCCCGUGCUCUGCCUCAACGCCUCCGACGACCCCUUCUCCCCUCCGCAGGCCAUCCCGCUGGAGGCCGCCCGGCGCCUGCCCAGCCUGGCCCUGCUGCUGACGGCCCGGGGCGGCCACAUUGGCUUCCUGGAGGGCCUCCUGCCCCGCCACCGAAGCUACAUGGACCGCGUCUUGGCCCAGUUUGUGGGCGCCGUCUUCGAGCACCAGGAGGAGCUGGCAGCUGCAGUGGCUGCCGCCAGGGAGGAGCAGCAGCAGCAGCAGCAGGAGGAGCAAAGCGGCCCAGGCGGCAGGCGGCAGCCCCCCACGGCCCAGUGAAGCCCCCACCGCCGCCCCCCUCCUGCGUGAGGCCCUGGCCGGGAGGGCAGCCUCACUGGCCCCCGCGCUUGCCUGCCCCCGUGAGGGGCUGCAGCACCCGGAAGGGGCAGGUGGGGCGCCGCGGCAGCCGGGCUGGGCUGCUGCUCGGAAUACAAGCCUCUUGGCAAAACCCC